AUGGAAUCGCAAUCGACUUGUUCGAACUCAACUGAUCAACUCAACCGAGUCUCCGCCACUCAACUCGGUUCCGAUUCAUCCAAAACCCGCAAACUCCACUCUCGGCGCCGUUCAUCCCCAUUGAAGAAGGAUACGGUGGAGGGUAGAGGCCAUCGAGUUCGAGUCCCGGCACUCUGCGCCGCCCGGAUCUUCCAACUCACCCGCGAACUCGGCCACCGCAGCGACGGCCAGACCGUCGACUGGCUCCUCCACCACAUCCACCCCUCUCACCUCCCCGCCACCGAUCCCAAUCCCAAUCCUACUCCUCUUACAACCACCGCCGCCGCCGCGGCUCCUUCGCCGGAGCUGGAUCGGUUCCCGAAGGAAGGCGCCUGGGAGAACAUGUCGUUCACGUCGCUGUUGUUGCUGCAAGAAGAGAGAAACUGA